GCUUGUUGAUUUCUUUCAAGACAAUGAGUGUAAAAUAAGGCGAAGUCAAUGACUGUGUUUGCACCUUGUAAGUUAGUGAGAAUAAUAGUACACAGCAUGCCAUCUCACAAAUUAUUUAGUUUUAGUGGUAGAUCAACAUGACGACAGUAUUCAUAUGCAGCUUUACUGAUUGGCUAUUUGCUCUUUCUCUCUCCCACUCCACACACACAUAUCAAUAUUAUAAAUGCAAGUUUUCUAGGAGAAAAGGCAGGACAGUGAGAAAGCAACAUCUGCCAGUUGACUUGCUAUUAUAACUUCAUGCAUCCUUCAUCCUUUUAUGUAUUGAAGUAAAGAGAAACUUGAAGACAUGAAGGGGACAGGUGAGAUUGAAAAAGAAAGAGAGGAGGUGGGACAAGAGAAGAAAGAUGAUGAUUAUGAUCAUCAUCUUCAAGCUUCAAAAAGACUGCAACCAUGGACAAAACAGAUCACAAUUCGUGGAGUUAUUGCGAGUGUUAUUUUGGGAUGCAUUUACACUGUUAUAGCCAUGAAACUAAAUCUCACAACUGGUUUGAUUCCUAAUCUUAAUGUCUCAGCUGCACUUCUUGCUUUUGUGUACAUGAAAACAUGGACAAAAGUACUUCAAAAAUUAGGGAUUCCGUUUGUUCCCUUUACCAGACAUGAAAACACAAUGAUCCAGACAUGUUCAGUUGCUUGUUACAGCAUUGCCAUUGGAGGUGGAUUUGGAUCUUUCUUAUUUGCUUUGAACAAGAAAACAUAUGAGCUGGCUGGAGGAGCAAAUUCUCCAGGGACUUAUAAAGAACUUCAUGUUGGUUGGAUGACUGGCUACUCUUUCUUGAUCUGUUUUGCUGGUCUUUUUGUACUGAUUCCACUCCGAAAGAUCUUGAUUAUUGAUUAUAAGUUGAUAUUUCCAAGUGGGAUGGCUACAGCUGUUCUUAUCAAUGGAUUUCAUAGUCAGGGAGAUGACAUGGCAAAGAAGCAAAUCAAGGGAUUUGCCAAGUACUUUUCAGUCAGUUUCUUGUGGGCAAUCUUUCAAUGGUUUUUCACUGGAAAAGGAGUAUGUGGAUUUGCCCACUUCCCUACUUUUGGAUUAGAAGCUUAUAAGAAAACAUUUUACUUCGAUUUUAGCAUGACAUAUGUGGGAACCGGAAUGAUUUGCCCUCAUAUUGUGAGCUUUUCUUUGCUGUUUGGAGCUGUGAUUUCAUGGGGUAUAAUGUGGCCACUUAUUGAAAACCAAAAAGGAGAAUGGUUUCCUAAUAAUGUUCCAGAAAGUAGUAUGGAAAGCCUGAAUGGUUACAAAGUCUUUAUCUCAAUUGCUCUUCUCCUUGGUGAUGGACUCUAUAACUUCACCAAGAUUCUAUAUUUCACAUAUGCAAGUAUCUACGGAAGAUUGAAAAGGGAAAAUCUUGGUUUAGCUGUAGGUAGCGAGAAGGAAGUUACAGAAACCGAACGAUUACAAAACGAAGUGUUCAUCAAAGAAGCCAUACCAAUGUGGUUUGCAGUGAUUGGAUACACUUCAUUCUCCAUUAUCAAUGCAUUUGUAAUUCCCUUAAUAUUUCCCGAAGUCAAAUGGUACUACAUCAUCAUAGCCUACAUAAUCGCUCCAUCAUUAGCCUUCUGUAACGCGUAUGGAAACGGAUUAACCGAUUGGGACAUGGCAUACAACUACAGCAAAAUCGGGCUUUUCAUGAUGGCGGCGUUGGCCGGAAAACACCACGGAGUGGUGGCGGGAUUGGUGGGGUGUGGUGUUACGAAGGCGGUUCUUUUUGUUUCUAGUACGUUGAUGCACGACUUGAAAACCGGUCAUGUAACAUUGACUUCACCUAGAACAAUGCUUUUAAGCCAAACGAUUGGGACAGCUAUAGGGUGUGUUGUGUCGCCUUUAACUCUUUCUUUAUUUACUAAAGCAUUUGAUGUGGGAAACCCUAAUGGAGAAUACAAAGCACCAUUCGCGAUAGUUUUUAGAAACAUGGCGAUUAUUGGUGUUCAAGGCUUUUCGGCUUUACCUAAACAUUGUUUGGAUUUAUGCUAUGGGUUUUUUGCUUUUUCUUUGGGGGUUAAUAUUGUGAAAGAUUUGUUGCCUAAAAAGAUAGGGAAGUGGAUGCCAUUGCCUAUAUGUAUGGCUGUGCCUUUUUUGGUGGGUGGGUAUUUUAGUAUUGAUAUGUGUGUUGGAAGCUUGGUGGUGUUAGUAUGGCAGAAGGUGAAUGUUAAAAAGGCUGAUUUGAUGUCUACUUCGGUGGCUUCUGGGUUGAUUUGUGGUGAAGGUUUGUGGAUUCUUCCAGCUGCGGUUCUUUCUCUGGCUAAAAUUAGACCACCUAUUUGUAUGAAGUUCUUGAGUUCUUGAAAAGGAAGGACACCACUUUAUAAUCAAUUGUAAUGGAUGCAACGAUUAAUGUUGAAACUAGGGGUUGUGUUACGAAUACUUAUGAUUAGUAAACAAUUAAUAAAGUAACAUGCUUGAUAUAAAAGAAAGUUACUAGAGUAUUUCAUCAAACACCUUAACUGCAA